AUGACGUCCACCUGUACCAACAGCACGCGCGAGAGCAACGGCAACCACACGUGUUUGCCCCUCUCCAAAAUGCCCAUCAGCCUGGCUCACGGCAUCAUCCGCUCGAUCGUGCUGCUCAUCUUCCUCACCGUCUCGUUCGUCGGCAACAUAGUGCUGGCACUUGUAUUGCAGCGCAAGCCACAGCUGCUGCAGGUGACCAACCGCUUUAUCUUUAACCUCCUCGUCACCGACCUGCUGCAGAUUUCACUUGUAGCCCCCUGGGUGGUGGCCACUUCUGUGCCUCUCUUCUGGCCCCUCAACAGCCACUUCUGCACAGCCCUGGUCAGCCUCACCCACUUAUUCGCCUUUGCCAGCGUCAACACAAUCGUUGUUGUGUCCGUGGAUCGCUACCUGUCCAUCAUCCACCCUCUUUCUUACUCGUCCAAGAUGACCCAGCGCCGUGGUUACAUGCUUCUCUACGGCACCUGGAUUGUGGCCAUCCUGCAGAGCACACCCCCACUCUAUGGCUGGGGCCAGGCUGCCUUUGACGAGCGCAAUGCCCUCUGCUCCAUGAUCUGGGGGUCCAGCCCCAGCUACACCAUUUUCAGUGUGGUGUCCUUCAUCGUCAUUCCACUGGUUGUCAUGAUUGCCUGCUACUCGGUGGUGUUUGGUGCAGCCCGGCGGCAGCACGCUCUGCUGUACCAUGUCAAGAGCCACAGCUUGGAGGUGCGGGUCAAAGACUGUGUGAAGAAUGUGAAUGAAGAGAGAGCAGAGAAGGAUGAGGUCCAGUGUGAGAGUGAGCUCCACAACCAUGGUGAAGGUGAAGUCAAGACCAGUGUCAUGGAUGGCAGCACAAAGGCCAGGGAAAGAAGCUUGGAGAUCAGUGAGGGUCACAAGGAGGUCCGAGGGAGCGGCGUGGUCAUCAGUGAAGGCAGCAUGGAGGCUCAGGAAAGUGGCAUCCAAGUUGAAGAGAGCAGCAUGAAGGCAGACAAGGGCCGCAUGGAGGUCAACCAGUGCAACAUCGACUUGGGGGAAGAUGACAUGGAGUUUGGUGAGGAUGGCAUCAAUUUCCAUGAGGAUGAUGUCGAGGCAGUGCGCAUCCCAGAGAGCCUCCCACCCAGUCGUCGUAACAGCAACAGCGACCCUCCUCUGCCGAGGUGCUAUGAGUGCAAAGCGGCUAAAGUGAUCUUUCUCAUCAUUUUCUCCUACGUGCUGUCUCUGGGGCCCUACUGCUUUCUAGCUGUCCUGGCCGUGUGGGUGGAUGUCGAAACCAAGGUACCCCAGUGGGUAAUCACCAUAAUAAUCUGGCUUUUCUUCCUGCAGUGCUGCAUCCACCCCUACAUCUAUGGCUACAUGCACAAGACCAUCAAGAAGGAAAUCCAGGAUAUGCUGAAGAAGUUCUUCUGCAAGGAAAAGCCCCCAAAAGAAGACAGCCACCCCUACGUGCCUGGAACCGAAGCUGGCACAGAGGGUGGAACUGAAGGCAAGAUCGUCCCUUCCCACGAUUCUGCUACUUCACCUUGA